UAUAAAAUAAUAAUAAUAACGCUUUUAAUUUGCCUUUUACCGUGGAGUUCAUCCAUCGUCACGUGACGCAGUAAUACUCCAGAACUUCCGGAGAAAGUCAACAUAUGUUUGAUGGGCGUUUAUAAACAUCACAGGUAUGUCGUCCAGCGUCGCACGAAAUCUCCGGAUAGCAGCUGUCCUUCUGGUGUUUCUUGUUUUUAUAGAUGUGAUUUCACUCGCAUAUGCAGAUAAGAGUUAUGAAGAUGUGCGUUGCAAGUGCAUCUGUCCCCCCUACAGAAACAUCAGCGGACACAUCUACAAAAAGAAUGUGUCCCAGAAAGACUGUAAUUGUCUUCACGUGGUGGAGCCCAUGCCAGUGCCUGGCCAUGAUGUGGAGGCCUACUGUCUGCUUUGUGAGUGCAAGUAUGAAGAACGGAGCAGCAACACCAUUAAGGUGACCAUUAUAAUCUACUUGUCUGUGGUUGGAGCUCUUCUGCUGUAUAUGCUGUUCCUACUUCUAGUUGAUCCUCUAAUCCGCAAACACGAUCCUUACACCAUGCCACUGCAGAACGAGGAGGAUUCUGAGGAUGUGAGGCCUCGUGUUGAUGGUUCACAAGGUCGUGGGAACACUGUCUUGGAGAGGGUAGAGGGAGCUCAGCAGCGCUGGAAGAAACAGGUCCAGGAGCAGCGCAAGACUGUUUUUGACCGCCACAAACUCCUCAGCUAAGAUCUCAGAUGGGCUUCAGCUGGGAAAAAAAUCUACUGGGCUCCACUGACUGAGACAACUUGCAUGGUGGUCUUAUAGUUUCAGCUUUUGACAAUAUGUUUUAUCAGUGGGCCUGCAUUAUCGUUAGUAUUAUAAUCUUACCAAGACUGACUUGGUUAAUUCCAGCUUUCAAACUAAAACUGUGAAUACAUAAAGCAACAUAUUAAAGUUGUUUGCGGUUAACAUAGACAUAAAUGAAGAGAAUCCGUCUGCUCCAGUUGGUCUCACAAACGCAGUCACCUUUACAUUUCUCACACAAUACUUGGAAUAUAUAUAUCGGUGCUGUGCUUUGAAAUAGAUGAGAUUACAUGGAUGUAUGCUGUGUGAUCUGGGGGUACUGAUGUGAACAUGUUUAAUAAUAUAGAUGCUCUUAUCAAGAUGUCGUUGCACUGUUGUAGUUUCACUUUGAAUUGCCAAAAAAUAUAUUGAACAGUUCUUAUUUAUUUAUUUAUUUGCAAGCUGAUAAUAUCAUUCAGGAUAGCACAUGUCACAAUCAUAUGUUUUAAAUGGCAGAUUAUAAUGGAUAAUUAGAAACAAAUUAAUGUUGUCAAAUGAUUAAGCAUGAUUAAAAGCAUUUCUUUUUUUAAUGUAUGUGUAUAUUCAUGUAUAUAUAAAUACAAACACAUACUUGUAUAAAUUAAAUAUACAUUAUAUAUAUAUAUAUAUAUUAUAAAAUUUAAGAAUGUGAAUAUAAAAGUAAAUAUUUUCAAAAUAUAUACUGUAUGUGUGUGUAUUUAUAUAUAAAUAUGUAUUCAUAAAACCUCUUUUUUUCAUCACUAUUAAGUGAUCAGCACUGUUGAAUAGUAUAUCACAAGCUCACAAGCUUCCUCUAAUAUGCUGGACACUUUUCUGAUUCAUAGACAUUCAGAAAUAUUGAUUUUGCACUUGAAAAUGUGAAGGAAUUUGAAGGACUUUGCUUGACGAUCGUAUUUGCUGCUGUAAUCAUUUUCCUGUAUGUAUCCAAACAACUUGCAGCUGUUUUACAGCUGAAAUAUUCUUGCUUAUGUGAAAAUGCAUUAAAAUAUUAAAUAUAUAAAGAAUGUCGGCAA